AUGUCACUAGCUAUGCCGUCUCUACAAGAAUCAAAUAUAAACCAUACGAUUGGAAUUUCCGAGACCGGCGGUCCCGGAAAAUCUAACAUUGACGAAGCAUCGCAACAUCUAGCUCAGUUAUGUGAUAAAGCUUUUGAUGCUGAGGAUGGUGCAAAUAGAGCUAACCAAGAAGAAAUCUUAUGUUGGUCCAUCUAUGGAAAGGAUUUCAGGGUUCAGUUCAAUAAGAUUAUUAAAAAUAGCAGAGGUAAAAUUGGUGAAAAGAAGGCGAGAAGCUUACUUUAUGAUUCCAUUACAAAACAGCUUUCUAUUAUCCGUAAAAAAAGAUCUCAAGAAUUGGAUAAUGUAGGACAUCAAAUUUCGUCCGAAAAUACUGAAAUUUCGGCCCGUCUCGGAAAAAUCUUACCCAUACCUGAAGAUUCAUCAUCCACACCAGCUAAGGCAGAGACCAAUAUCGACUAUGAUGAUGUAUAUUUUGAUGAAGAAUUUGAUGAUGAUGUGUAUUUUGAUGAAGAGGUUGCUUCGCGAUCAGAUAAGGUAGAGCCGGGCCAAAGAAGUUCUUCGAACCAGGCGCUUUCACACGAUGAUAGUGACCAUAGUCACAACAAUGAUUCUGAAGAAGAGAUGCCAGAUGAAUCGGAUGACGAUGGAUAUAGUGGGUGCGGUGGAUAUAAUGAAUAUGGUGAAUCUGAUAGAGGUUAUUAUUAUGAUUUAAGUAGCGGGAAAAAAACUUAUAAAAAUUCUGAUUAUAUAAUUAGCGCAUAUUAA